AUUUGUUACUUUUGUGUCUGUGAGUGUACGUGAACCACUCAACUAACCAGAGUCUGUGUGUCACAUUAUCUCAAAGCAACAAUGUUGAGCUCCACACCCACCUCCUUCCACCACCGCACCACUCUCACCCCCUCUCCUUCUCUUCUAUCCACACCCCUUCCGUCUUCUUCUUCCACCCAUCAUCCUCUCCGCCAAUUCUCCUUCCACACUCGACCUCUUGGCCUCCGCUGCCACACCCAAUUUCCAUUAACCCCCAAGACACUCAAAGUGAAUUGUUCCACACGCGAGCCUCUCAAGGUCAUGAUAUCAGGUGCACCUGCCUCGGGCAAAGGCACACAAUGUGAAUUGAUUGUCCAAAAGUUUGGAUUGGUGCACAUAUCAACGGGGGAUUUGCUAAGAGCAGAAGUAGCGGCUGGGACUGAAAUUGGAAAUAAAGCAAAGGAGUUCAUGAACGCGGGUCACUUGGUUCCUGAUGAAAUUGUGACAGCUAUGGUGGCGGCACGAUUGUCUCGUGAUGAUGCAAAGCAAAAGGGGUGGCUUCUUGAUGGGUACCCUCGGAGUUUGGGCCAAGCGCAGAGUCUCGAGAAAAUGCAGAUACGGCCCGAUGUGUAUAUCAUUUUAGAUGUUCCUGAUGAAAUUCUGAUCGACAGAUGUGUUGGUAGAAGAUUAGACCCAGUGACAGGGAAGAUAUAUCAUCUAAAAUUUUUUCCACCUCAGGAUGAAGAAAUCAAAGCAAGGUUGGUAACUCGACCUGAUGACACUGAAGAGAAGGUCAAAUCUCGCCUAAACAUUUAUAAGCAAAAUGCAGAAGCAGCAUCUUCCUCUUACUCAAACAUAGCACAUAAGAUUGAUGGCAGCCAUUCAAAAGAAAAAGUUUUCAAAGAAAUUGAAUCUGUAUUAUCUCAAUUGCAACAGGAUAAAGUGAAAAUAAUGAAAUCAGGAGAAAAAUCAAUUCUUGAUACAAAGAAAGGACAGACAUCUUUGAGCCAGGAUAAGUGGAGAGGGAUUCCUACUAGGCUAAAUAACAUUCCCCAUUCUCGGGAAAUCAGGAAAUAUUUCUAUGAUGAUGUGCUACAAGCUACACAAAGAGCUGUCAAUGAUGGAAAAACUAGGUUGAAGGUUGAUAUCAACAUUCCUGAACUGAACCCAGAAAUGGAUGUGUAUCGAAUAGGUACCUUGAUGGAACUUGUUCGAGAUCUUGCCCUUUCUUUUGCUGAUGAUGGAAAACGGGUUAAGGUUUGUGUACAAGGGUCGAUGGGAGAAGGUGCUCUUGCUGGAAUGCCUUUGCAGCUUGCUGGAACUCGUAAGAUUUUAGAGUUCAUGGAUUGGGGUGAUUAUGGAGCAAAAGGAACCUUCAUCAAUAUUGGUUCUAUAGGUGCUGCAGAGGUUGAGGAGCAAGAUGACAUGUAUAUCUUGGUGGCUCCUCAAAAUGCUGUUGGGAAUUGCAUUAUUGAUGAUCUAAGAGCCAUGACCAAUGCUGCCGAACACAGACCAGUUAUCCUAAUCAAUGCUAGGCUUAAGGAUUUGCCUGGUUCUAGCGGUAUUAUGCAAACAAUGGGGAGGGACCAGAGACUCAAGUAUGCAGCAUCAUUUGAAAGUUGCUACUUCUUUCGGCUUCUGUAUUAUGCAGGAACCCAGUAUCCCAUCAUGGGAGCUAUCAGGAUGACUUAUCCAUACCAAUAUGAGCUUUACAAGAGGGUAGAUGAAUCACCUGGAAAGGAGAAGUAUGUUAUUUUGUCUACAUUUCCACAGAGGCCUACCACAGAUGAAAUUAACGAUGCUUUUCAAGGAAAACCAAGUAAUGAAACUAGGAAAGCCUCAGGGAUUUGGGGCUUCUUAAGUGGCAUACUCUGAGCAGACUGCAAACCAAUGGGAAAGUGCCUAAGUAUUUGAUUUUCUUAAUUAAUUAUUGAAGAACGAUGAUAAUCGGCUGUGAUUACAGGAAAAAAUCAAAGUCAGAGCUUGUAGUUCAACUGUCUGGUGGUGGAGCAGCUUCUUUAAAAUUGAGUGCAGAUGACGAGUGCAGAUGAUAGGGAGAUGAAGAUUUCAAACAACUUGUCAAAUUGUAAAUGAUAUAAGAUUUUAGGGACCAGGUGGAACAGCUUUACUUAUAAACAACUACAUCAAUAUAUAUAUUAUGGGGCUCACAGGAUAACAACUGUAUUGACUUUUUUGUAACUAUGGGUCAAUUAUUUUUAUUGUGGUUAGUGGUUACGUAAAGGGUGAGGUAUAUGUACGUGUAUUAUAACUUCUGUAUAAUCAAGUGCUGAAUUAAAUGCAAGUUGCUUUCCAGCUCGUA